AUGCCUCUUGGGCUGGACGACGAUGAACUCGCAGCCUCCAUUGACAUGUAUGAGUUCCGACUAACCCGAAGGACUCAGACCAUAUAUUCCCUCCAGACGCAGAUCUCAACAAAAGAUUCUAGCCUACGUCCAGCGACACGGCCGUUGCCUCGACACGAUCUGUUGCAUGCACGAGGAGAGGGGCAAGCAGCGAAGCAGUCACAGCAGCUUAGCGCCGUCGAAGAAGAGCAACCCAGCAGCCACUUUGGAUGGCCUGUAAUCGACCCUCCCGCCUCGCCACCGCCUCAAGUAAAUAUCCGCCAUCCCGGGGAAGGCAGAGUCAAUACGGUGUACUGUAAUGAGGAGAUCCAGCCUCGGAAAUUAACAUACAGCACUUCUCUCCCUGCUAUGCCAUCCCGUCCACACUACUGUUCCACUUCAGAUCUCCAGUACCAGUAUAUGCCUGCAAGAAAUACCCGCCGGCGGGGAUUCAGUUAUGCAGAUGAAUUUGAGAAGGAGCUCCGAGAACUAGACAUCACACACGUGGGCAGACCGAAAGGGAGACCCAGUACCAAAUCUUCCUAUACUCGAACUCAAUCGGGCAUCUCAUCGACGAGUUCAUCCAUACCACAACUCCACAAAAGAGGAAUUCUGUUUUGGAAACCAAACAAGGAUGUACAUUCGCCUGGCUCGACAUCCUCCACUGUGAAUAUGGAGGGUGAUCUCGAUGAUCAAGCACUUGCCACCAAUUUUGAUGCACCACCUCCUUAUACGGAGACGGAGAAACGGGCGUCCCGGUUGGAGCGGCUGCUUAAACAUCUGAAUGGCCGAGAUAGUGACAGUGUUGGUUCUGACACUGGCGGCGGAGCCAGUCAACAUGAUUCUGCACAUCGGGCCGGGUAA